UCUUUUAGCAUCUUUUCACCUUUUGUCUCUUUCAUCUGCUCCCUGUUAACACUGUUUCCUUCCUUCCUUCCUUCCUUCUUUCCUUCCUUCCUUCUGUCCUCUUACCUGCAGGAUUGUUCGUCUCAGCAGUGUCUCCAGUCGGCCAAAACUCACGUCCUCGUUCUGGUCCUGCACGGAGGCAACAUCCUGGACACUGGCUCUGGGGAACAGAACAGCAAGCAGGGAGACCUGAACACGCUGAGUGGAGCCUUUGAGACGGUGAUGGGGGUUCAUUACCCAGCAGCGAUGGGCCGCAUCGCCAUCCGGAUGGUCCCCUGUCCUGCCGUGUGUGUCGACGCGUUCGCGCUAGUUUCCAAUCUCAGCCCCUACAGCUACGACGAGGGCUGCCUGUCCAGCAGUCAGGACCACAUCCCGCUGGCUGCUCUGCCUCUUCUGGCUACCGCCGCACCACAGUACCAGGACGCCGUUGCAACGGUCAUCUUACGAGCCAAUCAGGUGUACAGCGACUUCGUCAAGUCUCUCGAGGGAGCAUCUUUUAACGGCCAGGUGUGUGUUAUUGGGGACUGUGUUGGAGGAAUCCUGGGGUUUGAUGCUCUGUGCAGCAGCUCGGUGACGGUGUCAGAAAGCCAAAACAGCAGCAGACGGGGCAGCGCCAUCAGUGUACAGGACACAGACCUUCUCUCGCCGGGUAUCAUCAUAAACAGCGUCUCUCCGUCCUCGCCGUCCCUCGAAGGAAGCCGCCAUCUCAGCCGCAGCAACAUCGACAUCCCCCGCUGCUCGGGGCCCGACGACCCCAAGAGACAACUUCUACGCAAGCGCAGCGACUCGUCCACCUACGAGCUGGACACCAUCAAACAUCACCAGGCCUUCCUGUCCAGCCUUCACUCCAGCGCGCUCCUCGGGGAGCCCGGCUCGCGGCGCUCCAGCGGCAGCACCAUGCUGGAAGGAGGCUCUUUGGGAAAGUUUGACUUCGAGGUGACGGACUUCUUCAUGUUCGGCUCUCCUCUGGGGCUGGUGCUCGCGCUGAGGAAGACCGUGGUGCCCUCGUUGGAUGUGUCCGCUCUGCGUCCGGCCUGCCAGCAGGUUUACAACCUGUUUCAUCCGGCCGACCCGUCGGCCUCGCGCCUCGAGCCUCUGCUGGACAAGCGGUUCCACCUGCUGCCUCCCUUCAGUGUCCCUCGAUACCAGCGCUUCCCUCUGGGCGACGGACACUCGGCUCUCUUGGUGGAGACCGUGCAGAGUAACCCGCAGCUGCUGAAUGAGUCUGUUGGUGCAAUUUCCCACCGCUACCAGGAAAGCACCGUCAACGAGACCUCCAUCCCCGUACCCGUCCUCAACUGGCAGCUCCACACAGACACGGAUUCUCUCCACUCACACAUUUUUGUGGACGGUCAGCUCCCAUCGCCCACCUCACCGGGGGUCCCUCACCUCCGCUGCAACCGCAGGGCCAGCGAGGCCAGCCUAGCCAGCCAGGUGUCGGGCAUGGCUGACUCUUACACCGCCUCCAACAUCGCCACGAUUGCUUCUCGGUGGUGGGGCAGUAAGAGGAUGGACUACGCCUUGUACUGCCCUGAUGCCCUCACAGCGUUUCCCACGGUGGCUCUGCCUCAUCUCUUCCACGCGUCCUACUGGGAGUCGACAGACGUCGUCUCCUUCUUACUCAGACAGGUGAUGAGACAUGAGAACUCCAGUAUUUUGGAGCUGGACGGUAAAGAAGUGUCUGAAUUCACUCCGUCCAAACCUCGAGAGAAGUGGCUCCGCAAGAGGACUCACGUUAAAAUCAGGAACGUGACGGCUAACCACCGAGUGAACGACGCCGUGUUCACGGAGGACGGAGCUCAGAUGGUGAUGGGACGUUUCAUGUACGGCCCCCUGGACAUGGUCACCCUCACCGGAGAGAAGAUCGAUAUCCACGUCAUGACGCAGCCUCCCUCUGGGGAGUGGGUGUUCUUCAACACGGAGCUCACCAACAGCAGCGGUCGGGUCUCUUAUCUGAUCCCUGAGAGCAAGAAGCUGGGUAUCGGGGUCUAUCCUGUCAAAAUGGUGGUCCGGGGCGACCACACGGUGGCAGACAGCUACCUCUCUAUCGUACCGCGAGGAACAGAGUUUGUUGUGUUCAGUAUUGACGGGUCUUUUGCUGCCAGUGUGUCUAUAAUGGGCAGCGAUCCAAAGGUUCGGGCUGGAGCUGUGGAUGUGGUGAGAUACUGGCAGGACUUGGGCUACAUGAUAGUUUACGUAACGGGUCGUCCUGACAUGCAGAAGCAGCGCGUGGUGGCCUGGCUCUCUCAGCAUAACUUCCCUCAUGGCAUCGUCUCCUUCUGCGACGGGCUGGUUCACGACCCGCUCCGGCACAAGGCCAACUUCCUCAAAAGCCUCAUUAACGAGGCCCAGAUGAGGAUCUUUGCAGCCUACGGCUCCACCAAGGACAUCUCCGUGUACUCGUCCAUCGGCCUGCCUCCCUCACACAUCUACAUCGUGGGAAGGCCCACGAAGAAGAUGCAGCACCUAUGUCAGUUCAUCCCGGAUGGCUACGCCUCCCACCUGUCCCAGCUGGAGUACAACCAGAGGUCUCGGCCCGCCAAGUCCAACAGCACCCGCAUGGUCCUCCGCAAGGGCAGCUUCGGGCUCGGUGCGGCCGGAGGAGAAUUCCUCCGCAAGCGCAACCACAUCUUCCGCACCAUCUCCUCUCAGCAGGCCGGAGGGGCCGGGUCGGUCUCCCCCAGCCAGCCGGGGCGCACCGAGCGGACCCAGAGCCAGUGCGAGGUGGAGCGAGGGGAUCGGGUGGUCGGGCCGGCGGCGACCCAGAGGAGCAUGAGUAUAGCCGCAGGGUGCUGGGGUCGCAGCGGGAGCACCAAGGAGGGCAGCGGAGGGUUACUCGGCCCAAAAUAAGGUUCAAAGUGGAGCUGUGGUGUUAAAAGGACCCGGCCAGAGCCACCAUGAUCUCUGGACCGGACACAGAGAGGAGGGUUGGAAGAAGAGGAAGUGAACGGAGGGUUUGUAUUGUAGAGAUUAAAGGCAGGAGGUCGGGGUUAUAGCAUGAACCCUCUUUGAUGGGAUGGAGAGGGAUCUCUUCCAGGAGGAGUGGACUAAUCAGGCCAAGUGGGAUCCAGCGAACAAGAGACAAUUCUGUAGCAUGACUCUUUUAAAGUAAUACUUUUAUAGGAUACAUCAUUAACUAAUUAAAGAAAAUGACAAGGAAGGAUUAAAUGAAAUAUUGUAAGCCUUAAACUAAUCUUGUGUAACGAGACCCUCCCCCCCUCCCCCCUCCUCUCCGAACACACACGUAAACACACUGUCCAAGCACUCACUCUCUCAUGAGCUCAGGACAAACUGCAGAGCCAGACAUCGUCUUUGUGGCCGGGUUAACCGGCCGAUGACUUUCACUUCUGUUUCAGUGCCACCGUCAGCCGAGCGACAACAAGUUUCUCAGACAGCAACUGUACCCAGAGAUGAGACACCGAGCGCUGAAUACAGAGUCACUUCAUCCGAAUUACACAAAAAGACAUAUUUUCUCACUUACCUCUUGUGGUCACUUUGCUCCAGAUUGAAAUAUUUCUUCAACUUUUGGUUGGAUUGUCAUGAAUUUGUGUAGAAACAGUCAUCGUCCUCAGAUGACGACAUCCAGUGACUUUCUUUGACCCCCUGGCUUUCUCUUGUAGAGCCACCAUCAGAUCAACAUCUUUGGUUUGUAUGUGAAAUAUCUCCACAACCAGUGGAUGGAUUGCCAUUAAAUUUGGUACCGAUAUUCAUCGACCUCCCUUAAAUAUUCUCAACAUCUCCCGGAUAGAUUAGCACAAAUCUUUGUAUAGACAUUCAUGAUUCCCAGGUGAUGAACCGUACUGACUUUGGUGAUCCCCAGACUGUUCCUCUAGCGCCACCAUGAGGUUGACGAUUGUGGUUUGGGGUAAAAUGUCUCAACAACUAUUGGUACAUAAUUUGUCCAAUACCUUCUGCUAAACUAAUGACAUAACCAUCAGCCUCAACUGUUAAUUAACAAAUGUUAGCAAGCUAAACCUAGAUGAUGAACAAGGUAAACAUUAUACCUGCUAAACAUAAGCAUGUUGACAUUGUCACUGAAUACAUGUUAGCAUGCUAAUGUUAGCUCCAGUACAGCCCCAUGAAGACUAAGCCUCCGUUGCAUUGAGGCUGAGACAGAAAUCUUAAGUGAGAAAAUGUGUCUUUUUUUUGUCGUUUGGGUUAACUGAUCCUUUUAAACAUCUGAGAGAUGGAUUAGACAUCAUGGGAUAUAUAUUGUAUCAGAGGUGACAGUACUUCUUGUCUUAGUCACAGAACGACUUUGUUCCUCACUGAUAUGCUACAUGUAUUUAAAUACACAAGGCUAGUUUUCAUUCCACCGUUUGUGUGAGACUCUGUAGUAUUGUCCCUUUCAGUGUGGCUCUCUGGGGCCAUCCAAGGCCUUAAUAUCCAACAACACACGUGUUCCACAGACGAUACAGACAGCAGACCAACAGGGCAUGCAGCAUUAAAGCAACAACCGAGACUCUGUACAGUCCACAGCAACAAUCCCUUUAUAUAUUCAUCCGCUUGCAAUACCUCCGAUCCACCUGUUGGUGGUGUUCUGUUCCCCACAUGUGCUGCUGCUGCUGGGACGCACUUUGUGUGGCGUUCCCUGGCUUUUUGCUCCUUUGGACCGGAUGGAGGAUAAACGUGGUGUUUCUGCUGAGUAGCCGGUUUCCUGUCGGGCUAAACUCUGGGAGGGAUGGAGGAAGUAUUUCCACAAAGCUUUCACUCACAGAGACCUGUACAUUUUUCAGUAUUUUUACCAAACGGACUGAAGAAUGGGCCGGAAGUGAUUCAGUGUUAAAUGUUGAAAAGACUGGAUGGAUCCUUUCACUGGUGGAUGUGGAGAAAAUCACUGGUUUCCCCUCACGAGAGCAAACAUCACGUUGCUGCUUCUGUCUACUGAACUGUAUAUUUUCGUAUAGAAGAAGAAGAAGAAGCCACCUCACAUCUCCAAUCCAAAAAACACAAACGUUGUGCACAGAAUAGUUUAGCAGUGCUGAUGCCACCCUCGCUCUUUAAAGGACGGGUUCACUCUUGUUCAAAGUCUGUCUAAAAACAAAAGUCAAGAGUCCGAGUGCUGUCAUCGUCCCUCCUGUGAAUACUGGUGAUUGGGGACGAAGCUGUUAGUCAAAUAAGUGUAUGUCUACAGACUUAUUAGAAUGAAAUCAGACCUAAACAACAUAUUGGACAAAUUCCAGUCAGGUUUCAGGAUGUAUCGGAGUACUGAGUCGGCUCUAUUAAGGGUAAUGAAAGACUCUUUGGUCUUUAGACUCCAGCAGUCAUGCCAUUUUAAUUUUUGAUAAUCUCUGACCCUAACAUGUUGUAGGGGUUCAUGUAAGGCCUUAUAAUGGUUGUAAACCGCGUCUACAACAUAAAUUAGGAUCACUUAUGAUGGAUAAUGUGCUGCUGCUGUCUCCUCUGGUGUCCCCCAAGGCUCCAUCCUUGGCCCCAUUUUAUUUUCAUUAUACAGUAUAUGCUUCCACUGGUCUGUUUAGUAACCUCAGCAUCCCUUAUUAUUGUUACACUAGCUGUACUACCUCCUUGAAACCCAGCGUAGAAACUUAAUGUCUCUUUUGUCAGCUGAAGAUAGACAGUAAAGGUACAGUCUCUUUUAAGCCAAAUGGUUCCUGAGAGUUUAGACUUGCAAUGAGUUCAUCUCGUGGCUUAGUCCAUUCUCUUGGGCCUCUGUCUUCCUCUAGCUUUUUCUACAUUAGGUUGAUGGCAAAAAUAAAACCCUUUACCUUCUCUUGGAGAGGAUUUCAUGCUAAAACGACUUACUUUAGAAGAUGUUCACUUGGUUUUUCUUACUGUUUUAACCUCACAUUGGCUUCAAAUAUACAUUUUGGCUUUUGUCCUCCGUCACUUUCACUGGAAGCACAAUAAGAAGAGGUCCUUGAAUGGUCAGUUUGUCAAAUAUGUAAUUCACACAGUAGUAUACAAAAACAGGUUUUAGCAUGUGGUUAUUUAAAAUAGACUAUUUAUUUAUUGAAUUACCAGAAAACAUGCUAAGUUAUGAUAUUUAUCGUAGUCAGGACAGAAUAUUUUGACCCAUUCCUUUCCAGUAUGAACAGGAGAAAAGAUUGCAGCAAGCAGAAACUGUUUUUACAUAAUCUCACGUGCAUCUAUUGUUUUGAGACGGACUUGAAAACGUGUGAACCUCUCCUUUAAACCCAUGAAAGCUUUUGGAUGUGCGGAGCGGUUGCACCUCACUGCCUGUUACUAUGUUGUUGUUUUUAUGCCCAGCUUCCACACCACACCAGAGGGUCUGUCUCCACUCUGUGUGGGAUCGGCGACGUCUUCAACCCACCAACAAAAAGCCAAAAUCAUUCCCUAAAUACUGUAGUUAAUCAACUGUGUAACCUCAUUGUUUUUUGCACUAGUUUACGAUGGAAAUAUACUGUAGUUACCAUCUCAUGUCGCUACAUCUGGACACCUCUGUAGUGCAUGACACUGUUUAUUGAUUUCAGGGUUUGCUGUUUGUGCAGGUACGCACACGUCUGUACAUUUUUGUCAGGAUAUGAAAAUAAUUGAAGGUAAAUGUGCCAAACAGUCAACACUUCUAGAGGAGAAUAUUUAGACCCGGGGCUUUUCAUAGCCUCCGUCCUCCUGUUGUUAUUCUUUGUCUUACUUCUAUUUGGAAGAUAAUCAAGAUGUAAACAGGAAGUAAAAAUGUUGCUAUGGAUUAAGUGAUUUACGCUGUAGGCUACGACUUGAGCCCCAUUUUUUUAUGUUUACAUUUUGGCAAUUAAAAGUGUGCCGACUAAGCUGUUAGCACUUCCUGUCUGUGUUGUACCCACGAAAUGUACAGACAACCGUCACCGGAUCACUUCGAUACUGAAGAAAACUCAAAAACGUGAUGUUUCUCUGGCAAGUUCUGCAGUUAUAAGAAGUGUCUUCUUUUUUUUCUGUGAUUUCUAAGCAGAUUUGUGGAUGUUUUUCAUCAGAGACAAUGAUUCCCUUUAGACGUGCAAGUCACAUUGAAUCUAAAAUGUGUAUAAUGUCUGGGUGGUAAGAUUUGACUGAGUUAUGACUCAUUAUGGUGGUAAUUGGAAACUUAAUAUUUUAAAGUAAUUUAAAACCCCUGAUUUAGUCUGUACACAACCAUUUAUGUUAGUAAGAAGGGGCGAAGUGUUGUGAGCGUUACUUACUUUAACUGAAUAUUGAUGAUUUUUGGUUUUAUUCAAAUGUUAUCCAUGUCUGAGAAAGAAAAGUGUCUUUAACAGAAAGAUGAUUUUAGAGCAGAGGUCGAGCAUGUUGCUGUAGUCGUUGACAAUAAGCUAUUUUAUGGAACUUAAGUUUCUGUUGUGCAGCGGGUUGCCAGGUUUUUUGGCUACAAACACACAUUGUUUCCCCCCUUUUCAGCCGUUUGGCUGCUGAGUUGAAUGUCUGUCCGUUUGGAUUGUGAGGCUCUUCAGGAGCCGUUGGAUGUGUCAGUGUACAUACUGUACAGAUGUAUAUGUAGGACUUAUAUGGUUGAGAAUUAUUUAUUUACCUAAAGAUCAUGAUGUUACUCUGGAAAUUUCAGGUGAAAUAUAUUUGAAAAA